GGGUCGGUCUCUGCCGGGGUUGGCGCGUUGCCGGCGGGGAGGGAGGCGGGCAGCCAGCCACCCAGCCAGUGGUGGGUGGCCGGUUCGGAGCUGCUGCCGUCUCCCACGUGAAGGGCUGUAGUCGUCCAGGCCAGCGCCGCGGCCGGCCGAGGAACCCCGCUGCCCUGCAGCGUGGGGGCUUUCCCUCCGCCUCCCCGCCCGGGGCUAGAGCCCAGCCUUUCGCGUGUCCUGUAAAGGCGUCGCUACCCCGCUCCCGCCCCUCGCUUCUGGGAGGUGGCUGGUGCCGCGGCGUUGUCCCCGUGAAUACUGCUCGCGGGUGGGCGUGGGGGGCAGCUACUGCGGCCUCCCGCCCCCGGGCGUCCCAGCCCCACCGGCAGUGGAUGCGCCCGGGAGGAGCCGCCAAGCCCGCCCAGCCCCUUCAACCCGCAGAGGGGACGCGGGGCGCCGCGAUGACUUGACGCCGGGCCGCGGCGUGCCGUGCCGUGCCAUGGAGAGGAUGACACGCUUCGUGGUGGCCUCGGCGGCCGCGGCGCGGUGGCAUCCGGCGCUGCCCGCCCUACUGCCGCUGCUGCUCGCCGUGCCGGCGCUGCGGGGCUCGCCCACCACAGAUGAGAAAUCCAUGGAGCAGCAAAAUUUUUCCUUUUUCUCAAUGGACUCAAAGGUGCACCAAAGCAUAUCAGGCAGCAGGACACAAAUGGCCUUAGCACAAAGUACUUCGGAGUCCCAGGAAAGUAAUUUCCUUCAAACAGUUUUGUCAUCCUCUACCACUCCCUUUGAUGUGACUUUAUUUAACCAAGAAGAAAUGGGCAGGAUUUCAGAAGGGAGAAGUAUACCGUUGUUAGAUGUCUCCGUAACAAGCAACGAGGCAUUCUUGGGUGAUGAUGAAUUUAUUAGCUCAUUUCCAAAGGCCCAGUGGACUCCUCCACUGAAGUCUUUUGCAGUUUUAACAGAUCAUCACUCAGCUAAUACAGCAGAGCCAUCAAGAGAAAUGUUAGAAACUGUGUUGCUAACACCUUUGUUAUCUGUCCUUUUUUCAUCGUACGAUAUCUCAAAAACAGUGCAGCAGAAGACUCCCUUGGGUGUUGUCCUUGAACACAGUAAAACUCUCACAGAACUGAAUCCUUUUGUACCGGAUAGUGAAAUGCUAACUCCAAGCAGAGACUUGCUGUCAUACCCUCCAAAUACCGCUAUUUAUUUCACUUCCAUUCCUUCAGAGGAGGGACUUGCAGUGCGGGAAAACACAAGUGUGAGUUUAACAGCUCAGCCUUUUGGAGAUGCCUCAGAAGGGUUGCCUCUUCACCUCAACCUGCUGAAUAGUACCAGCCCUGUGACCCCAGAUGCCACAGCACAAAGUGCAAACCUCUACAGUCAUGUUUACUCCGAUGUGAGCAUCAGGGCAGCAGACGCUCUCGCUCUAAGGACCUACUCCAAUCCAAGCAUACCCUGGGCCACACCAGCUUCAGCAGCCAGUGCUGAGCCCGAUUUGUUUUCUAUUAGUCUUCCACUUGCGUCUUUCACACUCCAUUCAGCUGCCAUUUCUACAGACUCUGAAGCAGUUCUUAAUGCCAGCCUGUUUACACCUAAAUUCUCCAGUACAACUCCAAAUUUGCCUGCUGGUUCAGAAACACAAAGUCAGUCAGAGCUUGUCAGUGAGCUCAUGAGUCCAGUGCCUUUCACGAGAUCAUACAGUUCUUGUCUGUAUUGUGACUCAGUUUCAUUUCUUCCAGAAGCAGAGUUUUCCCCAGAACAUGAUGUGGGCUCAGGAGAUUAUGUUGAAACGUUGUCCAUCAAAGCCUCUGAAGUACAAGGUAUAACUCCAUUUACAACUAUAAUUACUGAUGGAUAUGAAUUAGAGGAACCUACACCUGAGAUUUUUGAUACUUCUUUUCCGUCCAGACCAGUUGUUUCAUUUUCUUCACGGUCUGCAGAAAUGCCUGAUUCAAGCAUGUUUCUGUUAAGCACUAUGGACCCUAUCCUUAACAACAGAACAUCUAUGACAUUUUCUUCUUCUUACCAUCAGCUCCCUGGAGAAGCAUCACCAAACACCUCUGUCACACAGUUUUCCCACCCUGUUCUAGAAACAGUUUUGAUGACACCAAGCACUCACAUGGAAUUUGGUGAUGCCACCACUGUUCUGUUUGACUCUACCUUUAUCCUGAGUGAACCAGUAGCAUCAUUUUCAGUCAGUCGUACAGCUUCGCUGGAGUUGCCAGAAUUAAUGCCAUCAGAAUCUGUAGUGUUUCUUGACAAGACAUCUACAAGGGAGGAACUGCCUUUAAAUAUUUCAGAUUUUCCAUCCAGUCUUUUAUCAACACCAUUUCUUAUUGAACCUAGCUACUUGUCUUUAUCAUCAGCUGUGCUAAGUUCGUACUCUGCCAUGCAAAGUGAUUUAUCAACACUCUUACCUCAGACCUUGUUGACUGGGACAUUAGGACUUUCUGAGGAUGUUUCUAACUGGGUUUCCAGCUGGGACUUAGCUACAACUGUCAGCUCUGCCACUGAUGCCGAGGUUUCUCAGUUCCCCCUUGGCCAAACAACAGACUUUUAUUUGAAUGCAUCCUCUGUUCCCGGUGCACAUGUUCCUGAAGUAACGCCAUCAUCAGAUUUUCACUCUGAGCUGUCUCUGCUUCUGGAAUCACCCUCCGUGCUAACAGUGGGCUCUGCAGUUAUGUUUACCUCAGGUGUCACAGGAGCUACCUCUCAGUUGGAGCCUUCGCUCUUCACCUCCCACUCCGUGGUUCCUACCCUGGUGCUGCCCACUUCUGGCACCCAGUCUGUUACCAGCAGCAUCAUACUCAAUGAAACAGAUGUGACCUCUUGGCUUACUACCUUUCCAGCAACUCCUGUCUUAAAUGUGUCUUCAUCUGUCCUCUCUACUGCUCCAGCUUCUGGUGAGGAUAUUGGUGCUACAGUUAACCCCACACUGCUUUUAACAUCUCACAGUGAGGGCAGUACACACGCAGUCUUUUCUCCUGCGGACCCUGACAAUCUGACAUCCCGUGCUGACACCAGCAGCAUGGUGACAUUUCUUCCUACGGCAUCACUGUCUGUGACCACAUCGUUUGCUCCCACACCAUUUCCUCUGACUUCUAGCCCUCCCACUGGACAUGAAGUUUUAGCAGGAAGCAGUGUAACUGCUGGUACCGAUGCAUCAUCCACUUUUACCAAUGUCCCUGCGACCACUGCCACUAGUGCUACAGACAGCCAUGACACAACUGCUGCAGGUGGCUUGGGAACAUUCUCCACCACCCCUUUGAUGACCACUACUCCGUCUGAACCUGUGGUUGUAACCUCUGCCAUGACCACCACCAGACAACCUUACGUGUGCGACAUCACGGUUCCUGAUAGUUACUUAGUCACUGCAGUGCUGGCCCGAAGAGCUGUGCUACAAAAUGUCAUUGAGUCCAUCAGGGAAGUGCUCAGAGUUCAGUUCAGGCGAUCAGUAGAGCUAGAGGUCUAUAAAAUCUCCCCCAAAUUUGCUUUCUUGGUGACAUCAGGUCCUUUUGUUUACACGGCAAUUGCUGUUAUAAACGCGCUCAUGAACAGCAGUCUUCUUCGUGGUGAGGCCCCCACAAUCCUCUCACUGCAUCCUUCUUUCACUGUGCCAGACAACAGAUUCCAGGUUCAGACAGUGCUUCAGUUUGUGCCUCGGAAUGUGGAUGUUGGAUUCUGCAACUUUAGCCGGCGCAUUGAGAAAGGGCUGGCAAUGGCCUUCAGGGAGGUGAGCAAACACCAGGAAUUCUACAACUUCACUGUGCAGAUACUGAAUAUAACUCUGAGCAGCCCCAGGGCAGCAUUUCGGCAAGGCCCUGUGAGCAUUGUUUUUGCCAUCCGAGACAGAUAUGGUUUUCUGAAUGGAUCUGAAGUCAGUGAGCAGCUAAGAAACUUGUCUGUGGUGGAAUUCAGCUUCUACCUCAGCUUUCCUGUGCAACAAAUUGCUGAACCCUUUCAUUAUCCUAAGCUUAAUGUGUCUCAGUUGAUGAAGUCUUCCUGGGUGAGAACAGUUCUCUUGGGUGUCGUGGACCAGCGAAUUCAGGAAGAGGUGUUUCAGGCUGAGAUGGAACGGAAACUCGCUCACCUGUUAAACGAGGCUUUGGUCAGAGGGCGGAUAUGGAGACGAGCCAGUUUUGCAGGCAGCAACGUUGUGCAGAUUGUGAACGUGUCACGGUUAGUUGGUGUUGAUAACCCUGUGGAGCUGAUCUAUUUUGUGGAGGACCAAGAUGGAGAGAGACUUAGUGCUCUGAAGUGUUCAGACCUGAUGAACAGAGUUGAUAUCCAGCGGGCUGCAAUCAUCCUUGGAUACCGCAUUGAAGGCACCGUUGCACAGCCUGUGGAGAAGUUGAAAGAUUCCACCUCAGAGUCACAAAACAGCAACCUCUGGAUUAUUGUUGGUGUGGCAGUCCCAGUUGCUGUGGUGCUCCUGAUUGUUAUUAUUUUAUACUGGAAACUUUGCCGAACAGACAAACUGGAGUUUCAGCCAGACACAAUGAGCAACAUUCAACAGCGACAGAAGCUACAGGCUCCCAGUGUGAAAGGUUUUGAUUUUGCUAAGCAACAUCUGGGCCAGCACAAUAAAGAUGAUGUCCUGAUUAUCCACGAGCCAGCUCCUUUACCAGGACCUAUUAAGGAUAGUACCCCAUCUGAAAAUGGAGAUGUGCCCAGUCCCAAAUCCAAGACUUCCUCAAAGCCUUCAAAGACUGUUCGACACAGAGGAAGAAUUUCACCAUCAGAUGCUGACUCCACAGCAAGUGAACAGUCCAGCGGGAGAGAGACAGGAGAAGAAACUGUGAGACCAACUGUUGCAAACGAGGGCAAACUGCGCAGAUCAGUGAAGAAGGGAGCAAACAGAGUGGGACCUCCUCAAACUGGCAGUGGAACUGAGCAGCACUCUUCAGCCUCUAUCUUCGAACAUGUGGACAGAAUGUCACGUUCCUCAGAUGCCAGCAGACGGGUCCCAAGCAAGAUCCAACUGAUUGCUAUGCAGCCGAUGGCAGCACCUCCGGUUCAGAACUCAGUGCUUUCUGAUCGGGUAGCUGAGACCAACAAAAUCAAUAAAGAGAUACAAACAGCCUUGAGGCAUAAAUCUGAAAUUGAACAUCACCGCAAUAAGAUUCGUCUUCGUGCCAAGCGCAAAGGGCACUAUGAAUUUCCAGUGGUGGAUGAUGUGGUGGUGGUUGACUCCAAAGAGCAGCACAGAAUAUAUCGCAAGGCACAGAUGCAGAUUGACAAGAUCUUGGACCCUGGAGGCAGUGUGCCUUCUGUCUUCAUAGAGCCCAGGAAGAGUUCUCGUGCAAAACGUUCUCCCAAGCAGCGCCGGCGACAUCAGAUAAAUGGUAGUCCAAUUGAUGCAGAGAAGGACAGGUUAAUCACAACUGACAGUGAUGGGACAUACAAAAGGCCUCCAGGAGUCAAUAAUUCUGCAUAUAUUUCGGAUCCAGACUUGCCUCCUGACCAUCAGACAUCAUCUUCAACUGAUCUGGGGAAGUUCCCUGGCUUACCUUCCCACCCAGUCUCCCAGUACGUCCCACCACAGCCAUCCAUUGAAGAGGCCCGGCAAACCAUGCACUCGCUGCUGGAUGAUGCUUUUGCACUGGUGGCUCCCAGCAGCCAAGCAGCCAACUCCACAGCUGUCACACCGCCUGGGGUCUCCGCAGGACAGCCGAGAUAUGUGGAAUUUGGAAUGACUCCACCAACAGCACCGGGUCUCUUACCAAGGCAGAACUUUGGACCAGGUUUUCUUCAAACUGCAGAGUUAAUGCACCCAGACCAGCAGCCACCUGAGGUUUCGUAUUCCUCCAGAGGGAUAUACUCAGAGGAAAUGCCAUCAGUGGCACGGCCACGACCAGUUGGAAGCACUGCAGGUUCUCAGAUACAGCACCUCACUCAGGUGGGAAUUGCUAGCAGGAUCGGAGGUCAACAAGUGGAGAUACCCUCAGGCAGAGCAGGGCAUGGCCAGCCGGGGGGGCCAGGGUGGCCCCAGUACCGUGGAGAGGAUGAAUAUGCUAGGAGAGAUGCAACGCAUAUGCAUGGACACCAAGAAUAUUCCUCCUCACCAGUAUUCCAGAUGCAGAGGACUUCAGCCAGGCAGCCUUCGGCACCCCCUGCUCAGCUUCCACACAACAGCCUUCAGGGCCAGGGCCUUUGCUACACCACCAGUUCCACUGAGGACCUCCAGCCAGGUCACUCUUCAGCCUCUCUUAUCAAAGCAAUCAGAGAAGAACUUCUACGACUUUCUCAGAAACAGACAACAGUGCAGAACUUCCAUAGCUGACUUAGCAUUCCCUUGCAAAUCUGCCAGGUAUCCGCUUCCUAUGGAAGCAGAGACUUAAUGGAAAUCAGCAAUGUCGUUCUCUAAAAAGAAUGAACUUGCACAGUUCUCUUGACAACACUCUGGAAAAUACUUAAAAGUCAGCAAAAUGAGGACAGUGAGGAGAGAUGGGAGACAAAUAGGGAAAGCCAUCAGUGUCAUCACAAGUAAUAUUAAUUACUCUGCUAAUAUUACGGUGCUCCUCUCCCUACCCUCGUUCAGCCUCAAAUAAAUAAACCUUAGGUCAAGUACUGAACACUCCAACUACAACAACAGGAACAAACUCCAAGUAUGAAAGACUCCUUUUUCUAAGGAAGUAGGUGAAGGCUUGAAUGAAAUGACCUUUUGCAAGAGAUGCAAGUAUUCUGAUCUCUCUUGUGUUCAUGGGGAGCUGGUUUGCAUUUGCUAUUCUGCAAGAUUACAAACUGUGGCAGCUGAAGGGUUUUGAAGGUCAGAUCCUACCUAAGAAUCACUUUGGUUAUCAGGAACAAAGGGACUGCUUAGACUAAAAGUCUUUAUGACCUACUUGUAACAAACUGGAACAAUAAUUGUUAUAGCUCUGUGCUUCCAAAUGGAGCUACCCUCUCCACUCUUCCUUGUUUUCCUUCUGGUGCUGAAGCUUCAAGUGUUCCUUCAUCUUCAAUGUUUGCAAAGUGAAACAUUGGCCUUGUAUAAUUAAGUAAAUAUCUGUAGACUCUUUCAGGCUGGAAAAACAAAGCAAAGCAUCCAAACAGAAAGGGCCCAGUAUUAAUUUUGUUUGAAAGUUAUUAAAAACUAAGAGAAGACUACUCAGCCACAACUGAAUUUGGGGAAAUGUGUGUCUUUGGAAAGGAUGUUUGUACACUGUAUGUUCCUGCAAGACCAGCGACAAAAUUUUGCCACUCUAGUUUGCUUUGUGGACAGAAACCAAUCCAGCCUGACUGUUACAGGGUCACCAGCAUUAUGUUAUAAAUUGAUGUCCUAAAUCAUUGCUUAUGUUUGGAUCUGAAUAAUUUUAGUGAAAGUCAGUGACAGUUUAGAGCAUUAACAUAGGCUUAGAUUUGCGGUUUUGAGACAGUUUCUAUAUUUAUACUUAUUUCCACUGUCCCUUUGGACAAAAGGUAAGCAUUAUCCCCAUGGUAAGAAUGGAACAUGCCAUGGAACUGUUUGUUGCUGUUUUUUUCCAGAGUUUUAAUUUAAUAAUAGCUAUGAAUUUACUAAUAUUCAGCCAUUGCAUCAUUGUAACUGACAUAAUACAUGCGGAGAUUUUGCUUAAGUCACGAUUUGUUGGAGUGUAUUUAUUUUCAGAUAAGACUAAACUAAAGCUAACAAACUGGCAUGGAGAGAGAACAAGCUCAGUGUUAAUGAGAAGAUUUGGGAGCUUUGCCUUAGGAGAAUGAAAAGCAAAGCUAUUUGGUGCUUACAGCAUGGGUAUUUCAGACACUAGUAUAUGGCAGUUGUGAAAGGUUUAAGAACAGUAGCCUACCAAAGAGAUGACCGAGCAGUGGAUCAGGGUAGGGCUGUGUUUGCCUCACUCACUAGGAUAGAAAGGGCACUGGUGAAAUACAGAUGUGUAGCACAUUGGCGUGGAAGUCUUUGGCUAUGAAAUCUAUUCCUGGUUCCAGUGCACAGUUCAGUAACUGUGAGGCAACCAACUCAGGCUGAAAUGAGAACAGGCUGGACACCAUGGGAGAACUUUUUGUACCUUGUUCAUGAAAUGCAUACAAAAUACUAAUUGGCAAAGCUGAAAUGAGGCAACUGGUUGCUUGGUGAUGUGAAGGGGGGUGUGGAGGGCAUAGGGGAAGGUACAUUUCCCCUCUUACUAGGAAGCCCAGUUAUUUUUCUGUUUACUGAUGGUUAUCUAAAGGCUGUAUGGAAUAAUUUUGAGAGACUUACUGUAGCAAAGCAGUGUAAAUCAAUUCCCAGUUCCCUGGCUAAUGCCCCACAGGCACUGGUAAAGGCUUGUAUGGAAGCAGAACACUAGCAUGCUUGUGAACAGCAGUACCAAGAGGUGGUAGGGUUUUGAAGUUUUUAAGGGUUGGGCUUUUUUUGAUAAUCACUUCUAGGAUAAAAAUUAAGCAAUGUUUAUUUCCUGCCAAAUUUGUAAGGAUGCCUGUUGCCAAUAUUUCAGAAAAACAUCAGGUUUUGCAGAAUGAAGACUCUAUCUGGAGAUGUUCAUUUGGUCUCUUGAGAGUGUUGAAUGUUGAUGUUUCCUCAGCAUUCUCAUUAAAAGUCCCUUUCAUAGCCCAUAUCCUUCUCUAGCUUAAUUCUGCAGCGAGGUCAGAUGCCAGUGCUUACAAUAUUUGUACGUUACUGUGACUCUGUUUCAAGAAAAUGUGGGCUUCUCAAAAAUAAGUUCCUUGUCUGGCUGAUGGUUCCAGCUAUUUCAGAAGGAGUACAAAAUAAGAGCUCUGAAAAUUAGAGGUACUUAAGCUAUUUCUCAUGCUUUUUUACUGCCAGUGGUAAUGCUACUGUGAUUUUCUGCCUUUUUAUGUGUGAAAGCAUAUCCUUUUUUCUUUUCAAUCUCAAGUCUUAUGAUGACCACAUGCAGGAUAAAUAUGUACUGGUAAAUAUGAGACUUUCUGAUGCAGAAAUCCUCUUUAGAACCUUACAAGUUCAUGGGGUGAGACAGUAAAAUGCAAGAAAUUAAAAAGCUCUGCUUAGAAGUCAUGUUCUCAGAUCUGACCCUCUGUCCACAGAAAUACUGUUACAGGGUAUGUGGCACAUGAUCUGUACUUUCAUUGAGUGAGAAGAGUAAUACCUAAGGCACCAACUUUGAGGAUGGUCAAAGAGACUGAUACUUCACUUCCUGCAGCUAUAGGAAAAGCUGGUUUCAUGUUCGACAAAAGGACUCUGUGGAAUGCAUGUGCCAAAAUUUGGGAACUCAGGAAAACAAUGUAUAUCUGUGAGCUUCUACAUCCCCAUGUGCUUGAGAUCUUUUGCCAAUUUUUUUUCCUCAUUAAAGGGGGGCAGACAAUUUAGUUUUUUCAGUUAAAUGUAAAGUAUCCUGAAUUUAAAUAUCUGUUAAUGAAUCUGCCAGCUUCUGAAAACAUUGACCCGAUGAGAAGGUGGUACAGGCACAGAAAGCUGUUACCAACAGUUAUAUCCAUUCCCAUGACUAGACCAUCUGGUUCAUGGAAUCCUUGGGCUCUUUCUUCACAAUUUUCCUUGCUGUGUUUAGUCUGUGUUUAGUUUGGCAUAUAGAAGAACUUGGAGAGAUGAGAGCUAUGUAAUUUAUCUUGCUUUUCCUUUUCAUGGCCAAAGUGUUGCUGCUUUUUUAUUCUCUUUAGAGCUAAGUGAAAUUUCACAAUACGUUUUCAUACCUUCAAUUUGAAAUGCAGGGCAUGCUUCUGUACUAUAAAGUGCUCUCUACUAGGAUGUAAUACAUGGUCCUGUCAGUGGCUGUAAGGAUGUGACUGAGGAGAGAAAACCUUGCUUUUAGGAGGAGUGAUUUGCAUAAGCUCUGGACUCAUGAUGUUAAAUAAGCACACUUUGGAGCAGGAAGGGGGAUUUCGCUAACCCUUUGCAAUGCACUGUACUUGCAGUGGUUUGCAGUAGGCUUCAGAUCUAGUGGUUGGAGAGCAGAGCAUCACACACUGUAUAUUGCCUCUGCACCCAAAGGAGUGAUAGGCGAGAUGUUGGCUACCCCAGUAUCAUGCACUUUAUGCAGAACAAGUGAAUAUGCAAAUAGAUUGAUCACUCAAAAGUGCAUGUUCCUGCCAAGCACUGAAGUCAGAGCCUUUAAAUUAGACCACCAAGAGCAGGGCUGCAGCAUUGUCUUAGAAAGAGCCUGUUUACAGGGAUCAUAACUUCCCAAGAACUGAAACAGCUGAUACUGUUGUGUGUUGACUCACAACUUGAAAGCAUGUUAGAUGGAUCACAAAAAGAAGCUGGUGUCUGUUUGAACCCAACUGAAGUCAGCAGUUGUAAGAUGUGGGUAACAGUAGGCAGUUGAACUUAUUUUUUAACCUCUUACCUUCACUGUGUUCUCCCCUUUCCAGCUUAAACAAUUUUUCAGCUUAAUGAAGAAAUGGGUGUUUCCCAUUCCAUGCCUUAUCUAGCAGUUCUUUGUUAGCAGGUGCCAGUCUUGUCCAAGAGCUUUGAAGGGGCAGGACCAAAAACCUUCAUGACUUUGAGGUGGGAACAUUUUUUAGGCCCUUUUUUUUUCAGCAGUGAAGAAAUGGAUUUUAAACCCCCCAAAAAAACUGUUUGGUGUUUUCUGAAUGUGGAUGUAAAGCUGAAAAUGGAUUUAAAGAAAACAGAUGACAUCUGAUUGUCAAAAGGCAAAGGAGAAUAACCAUGUGUCCAGGACCACCUGUAACAGUACACUAGAAAAAAAGGCAGAUAAAAUCUUAUGGACUUGGGGACUCCCCCACCCCACCUCAAUGUGAUUCCAUAGCACAAGCCCACUUCUGUGCGGUCCUUCACCACUUUCAGUGCCAGACUGUAAAGUGAGGAACAUCUCUCAUCAGUGAGACUCCCACAAGCAGUUCACCAGGGCUUUGGAGCUUUUCUAGUGUGAUUCAGAUGUGCCUGGAGAAAAGCAGCAGUUUAAAUGUGGAGAUAAAGUCCACUUCCCUUUAUUGAUGGGCAUCUUUUCCUUCUUCCUGUUAAAUUUAAUUUUAAAAGAGGGGAGGAAAUCCUGGGAAUAUAAUCAACUGUCACUAGUCUGCUAUCAUUCAUGUAUCUCAUUACUUAUAGGUCACAAAUACUGAAGAAGCAGAAAUUAGGAAUGAAAGGUUUUAGCAAUACUGGUAAAGAUCUGCUGUAAUUUUGCAGUAUUGUGGUAUUAAUGCACUUGAGCAGUUGAAAAGUCAGGUGUCUCUCUUGCAGUGAGUACCCCUUGAAAUGCAGCUUAUAGCAGAAGGAGGGCUGUACAUUUUUUUUCUGUAUCACCGGCAAUAAUUCAAUGAGGCCAGAACAAGCUCAGCUUGUGGCAGGUCAUACCAAUAGGAUUGGUAGUUCAGAUCCAAGUGCUGGUCAGCAUCUUGUCUCUGGUUACAUCUGCAUGCCUUCCAAUGAAAACCAUUUAGCUGCAUGUAUUCUCCUCUUUGGAAGGAGAAUCUAUCCUACUCAUUUUUUAGUACAGUUUGGGAUGCACUUGGCAAGAUGUCUACCUUUGAUGUACAAGUUCCAGGGGGAGUUCACUCAACUUGAGAGUAGGAAACUUGAGAAACAAAAAUCCUUGGAGUUGUACUGCAUUUUUAAAGAGACUUUUCCAGAGCAGAGCUGCAGUCCUUUGAAUCCCACUGAAGACUGACAAAUGAAAGCAAAAAAAAAGUCACAUUAGUACUAGAAAAAUAGACAUUCUUUGCACUUCAUGCUUUGUAGAACUGGAAUGUUUUGUCUUGAUUUUGUGUUACUUUUUCCUGAUACUCUUUACAUUUGUAAUGGCCGCUCCUGUUUAGUUUUGAGUAGUCCUUACUUCAUAAGCAGAAGUUUAUGUUUAGGCUGUUACGUCUUGCCUUAAUUGGAAUAAAAUGUUGGCACAUUUGAACAAA